CAAAAAGCCAGAAACACGGGCGGCUGAUACCGCUUAAAGCCCUUAAACACCCUCAACCGCGCGUGAAGGCGCGAAUAUAGCCGCCGUGCGCGACCGCUGCACCGCGCCACACGUCACCUAAUUCCUGAACGUACCCCAACUCAUAAUCAGAAUCACACGUGUCCCCGUCCCACACUUCAAGUUUAGUUGGUCUUACCAGUUUUUCCUCCGACCCAGACCCACCUCAUUAGCUGAGUACAGUUAGCCGGUGCUGUCCAAAAGCCUUGUCCCACCCACCAUAACUGUGCACCACCCUUGUCAUAAAGCCAGUUUAACUAGAAGUCUCAGAAACAACAACUAGCUGUGGGCAAGUGUUACUGUUUCACUUUAUAAUCUGUUAGAAAAAAGUUAGUUUUAUUGGUUGGGUUUUCUUUUCUUUAUUAUAUGGUCUGUAUGUUUGAGUGGAGAAGAUUUGGAAUCCGUUUGCCCAAUAAAGGGCGGGGUGUAUUGUUGUUGGGGUUAUCACAUCAGGUGGGCUUGUCCCUAGUUUCAGUGGAAAGAAUCAUUAUUUUUUGUUGAGAUCUGCACCUGGGUGGUGGAUAUUACAGUACACAACUUCUGGGUUUUGUUCAGAAUCCAUAAUUGGAAAGAAGGAAACUGGAACUGGGCAGUGGACUUCUGGGGCUGAGGAGAGCUUUUAUCUGCUUUAAACUGGAUCAGUUUAUGGUUUCUGGUAUUGGAGUUGAUGUUUACAUUCAGCUUCUAUGCUUACAUUCGGAUUCUAUUGGCUCAGGGAUGAAACUGUAAUCUAUUAGUAAUACCUGGAUUAGAUAACCCUCACGCCUUUCUGAGAGGAUUCUUUGUUGUUUGGUUGGAAAUGCAAAGAUGGAGAAAAAGAGAAAGAUCACUCAAUACAGGGAGAGGCUGGACAAGACACUGACAUCUCCUAAUCUUACAAAUAAGGAUGCUUUAAAACUCCUUGUCAAAGAUCAGCUCCUCCAUUCUUCAGAAAAUGGAAUUCAAGGUUGUAAUCCACAUGUUAUAGAUGAAAGGACCUCUGAGGUGUCAAAUUUGCUUGACAUGUUGAGGAGUGCUUCACUCGGUGAUGACGAGGGAUUGAAAACUAGUGAGCCUUCAUCACAACCUGAAUGGAAAUUAAAACAGGAUAAUGAGGAGUUCAGGGUUAUGUAUCGUGAGGGGAUCCAAGGCAGUCCGUUUCAUACAUUACUUGUUGAAGGUUACGUAGAUGGGCCAGUAGAUGUCUGUUUAUGCAUCUCGUGUGAGGCAGAACUUUACUAUAAAUGGUGGCCUCAGUCUAAAAUUCCAACUUUCAAAAUUCUUUCUGGGAAGUGUUUGCAGAGGGUUGGGAUUGGUGAACAGAUAUCUGUUGUGAGGAUGAAGAUUCCGUGGCCACUUUCAGCUAGGGAGGCUGUUGUGCACUAUUUUGUUUUCGAGUAUUAUGAAGAUGACCUGAUUGUUGUUCUCUUGAACACGAUCUCUGAUUUUGAAGGCAUUGAAGGUGACCUCAAAAAUGAGGCAACUGAUAUAGCGAAAGAUGUGGUUAGGAUAGAUGUAGUAGGUGGCUUUGCUUUGCAGAAGGUUACUGAUGAUAGAAGUUACUUUCGGACGAUAGCAAAUAUGGAUAUAAAGAUGGACUUAAUGCCACCAUCCCUUAUAAAUUUUGUCUCAAGGCAGCUUAUUGGCAAUGGUUUCAGACUGUAUCAAAAGGUAGUCUCUUCUAAGCUUAACCGUGAUGAAGAUUACAGCAAGGCUUUGGGAGGCCCACUAUAUUCCCGAAUACGUGAAGCUCUUUCUUCACUUAAUAAAUCAAACAGGCCUCUGGGGGGAGAAAAGCUGUAUUUGGAUGCAUCCAAUCUCUCUGAAAAACAUCCAACUACAGAUAAAAUAAAUGAUAUGAAGUUGGUGAAUACGGAUGGAGAAGUCCAAAAUGAACACCUUGCAAGUAAAGCUACCCCAGAUGAUACACAUGUUACUGGCGGAAACACUUGUUGUGAGAUUGAGGAGAUAGAGAGUGAAGAAAGCAAGACUGAAGAGAUGGAAAGCGAAAAAAGCAAGAUCGAGGAGGUACAGGGCAAAGAAAGCACGCAGCUUCAGGAUCAAACACCCAACAGAGUUCCAGAAAGGGAACAUAUAAAUGGCAUUAGAAAUGUUCUUAUUAGUUCUGAGGUGGAACAUGCUAUAGGAACAAUAGAUAAGGUCAUUUUGAGGGUUCAGCAAUACAGGCUCAAUGCUGAAAUGCCGUCCUCUGCUUUCAACAAUGGAGUCUCACAAAAGGAAAAUGAUGGAGGUAACCUGAAGUCCUUAAAAAAUGAAGUCCGUUUAAGUGAACUUUUUUCUGCUGUACCUAAAACAGAAGACACUGAAGUGGCACCGGCAACACCUUUAAGGAGUAGCACUAUUAUUCAAAACAUAAGUUAUGCAGGCUCAAAUUAUUUCGCAAAGGAAGUUGACCAUAACAGAAUAGUACCUACUUCCCCGUUGUGUUCCUCCAAAGAUGGGACUGCAAAAAUACCUGCAGUGGAUAACAUCAUGCAUAGUACCGACCAAGUUAGCUGCAAAGAAAGUGAGACUCAUCAAAGCAGUCCCAAGAAAAGGAUGAAGUCGAGGUGGCAAAGAAGGCGUGGGUUCUGUUGCUUCAGCAUCAAUUCAGGACAGAUGGAUUCUUAACUCUUAAGAGGUGAUUAAGUUAAAAGUUGCAAGACUGAAACUUUGUAAGUUACUACACUGUUCUACAUUCUAAGCCUAAUUGAUUGCUUGAGGAUUGAGGAUUGAAUUGUAUCAUUUCAUGAUUGAUGUGGCUUGUAAGUUUGUAACUGUUUAAUUAUACAAGCAAGUAAUUAGGGGGAUGAUAAUGAUGUACCUGUAAUAAAUAAAAGCCAAUUGCAUAAUAAGUAAUAAUGGAAAAUUAAUUAAUAGGUGCAGAUA